UGGACGCACCCCUCUAUUCCCCCCCUUCUUGUGGCUGCAUAAGGGGGGUGCUGCUCUUCUCUGGUUCACAGGCCUGUUUCCCACCCCUCCAGGCNGGCCCGGCCCGUCUCUGGAAGCCACAUACCUCCCCUCCCUGGCCUCUCCCCCACCCCUGCCAGCUGAUUUCAUUUGCCUGGCGUGGUUGUUGCUGGCCUUACCCUUCCUUGUCAUUCCCCCCCCCCUCCCAGUCAGGGCCAGGCCAGGCCAGCUUCUCUGGCAGCAGAGGGGGGCAGGUGACAGGCAGGCAUCGCAGCUGAGACAGUGAGGAGGCGCCCGGGAAGCGGAAACCUGGGAGAAGUCCAGCCAGAGCCCAAGAGCCAGAACUACCCCUCGACCUGUGCACCAUGGGGGAGAUGGAGCAGCUGAGGCAGGAGGCGGAGCAACUCAAGAAGCAGAUUGCUGAUGCCAGGAAAGCCUGCGCGGACAUCACUCUGGCUGAGCUUGUGUCUGGCCUGGAGGUGGUGGGCCGAGUCCAGAUGCGGACACGGAGGACAUUAAGGGGACAUCUGGCCAAGAUCUAUGCUAUGCACUGGGCCACUGACUCUAAGCUGCUCGUAAGUGCCUCGCAGGACGGGAAGCUGAUCGUGUGGGACACUUAUACCACCAAUAAGGUGCAUGCAAUCCCGCUGCGUUCCUCCUGGGUCAUGACCUGUGCCUAUGCACCAUCAGGGAACUUUGUGGCAUGUGGGGGGCUGGACAACAUGUGUUCAAUCUACAGCCUCAAAUCCCGCGAGGGCAAUGUCAAGGUCAGCCGGGAGCUCUCUGCUCACACAGGUUAUCUCUCCUGUUGCCGCUUCCUAGAUGACAACAACAUCGUGACUAGCUCUGGGGACACCACAUGUGCCUUGUGGGACAUUGAGACAGGACAGCAGAAGACAGUGUUUGUGGGACACACUGGUGACUGCAUGAGCCUGGCUGUGUCCCCAGACUACAAACUCUUCAUUUCGGGAGCUUGCGAUGCUAGCGCCAAGCUCUGGGACGUGAGGGAAGGGACCUGUCGUCAGACUUUCACGGGCCAUGAGUCAGACAUCAAUGCCAUCUGUUUCUUUCCCAACGGGGAGGCCAUCUGCACUGGCUCAGAUGACGCCUCCUGCCGCCUCUUUGACCUGAGGGCAGACCAGGAACUGACUGCCUAUUCCCAUGAGAGCAUCAUCUGUGGCAUCACUUCUGUAGCCUUCUCGCUCAGUGGGCGCCUGCUCUUUGCAGGCUAUGAUGACUUCAACUGCAAUAUCUGGGACUCUCUGAAGUGCGAGCGUGUAGGUAUCCUCUCUGGUCAUGACAACAGAGUCAGCUGCCUGGGGGUCACAGCUGACGGCAUGGCUGUGGCCACUGGUUCCUGGGACAGCUUCCUCAAAAUCUGGAACUGAGGAGGCUAGAGGAAGAGGUGGGAGGCCGUGAAGUUUCUCAGCAGGCUCUUCCUAUGCCCCAUCUCCUUAGGGUCAGUCUUCUAUACCCCAGGGGCCAUUCCUAGUAAACUUCCUUUAAAGGGCAGGUGGGAUUAUGGGAGUGUGCCUUUGGAAGCAUCAGGGACUCAAGGGCAAGAACUGCCCCAUUUCCUGCCAUGGCCUCUCCUCUCCACAGCCCUCACAGCCUCUCCCUUAAUAAACAAGAAUGGACCCCUUGCCCACCCUAGAGUCCUCCUGGGUUACCAGUAGCCUUUGUCCAGACGGGGAAUGGCCAGAGUGCUCAGCCCAUGACUCUGGGUGUCGCUCCUAGUCUCCUGGCUCCCUUCCCGCCGCUUUCUCCUUUUCUGCCCUUUUGUUCUCUUUUAUUACCUAAUAAAAUGUAGCAUCCUGGUACCUCU